UCGCAUUUCCAACAAUACAAGAAUCAAUAACUCUAUGAUCAGGUUAUAAAAUGGUUAGAGUAGUAUUUCUUCACCCAGACUUAGGAAUAGGAGGGGCGGAAAGAGCCGUUAUUGAUGCUGCGCUCAGCUUGAAAUCACGAAAUCAUGCUGUUCACUUCGUGACGGCACAUCAUGACAAAUCGCAUUGCUUCCAGGAGACCAAAGAUGGCAGUUUAAAUGUAACCGCAGUUGGUGACUGGUUACCACGUAGUAUCUUUGGGAAAUGCUAUGCAUUGUGUGCAUAUCUACGGAUGAUUUAUGCCGCUGUCUACCUAGUAUUCUUUAGUUCAGUGGAAUAUGACCUUAUAUUUUGUGAUCAAAUCUCUGCAUGUAUUCCUGUACUCAAAUUCUCCAAAGCAAAGAUUAUAUUUUAUUGUCAUUUUCCUGACAUGUUGCUGACACAAAGAAAGGGCGUUUUGAAGAGACUGUAUAGGGCUCCGAUAGAUUGGUUGGAGGAAAGAACUACUGGAAUGGCAGACUGUGUGUUGGUAAACAGCAAAUUUACAGCUGGAAUCUUUAAGGAGACAUUCACAUCACUUGUAAAGUUAACUCCAGAGGUGCUAUAUCCAAUACCAGAUUUCUCUGCAUUAGAUAAGCCAGCACCCCCACCUACAAGUGACCUUCUGCCUCCAAAUGUAUCCACAGUCUUUCUCUCAAUAAACAGAUAUGAAAGAAAGAAGAAUCUUUCUCUGGCUAUUGAUGCUCUGGCUUUUCUCAAGCAAGUCAGUGACAGAAGUCUGGAUGGUGUCCAUCUCAUAAUGGCUGGUGGAUAUGAUGAGAGAGUCAUAGAAAACAGAGAAUAUUACAAUGAACUAAAACAACGAGCAGAUGAUGCUGGUAUAUCUGAACAUGUAAGCUUCAUACGCUCAUUCGGUGAUGCACAAAAACGGACCCUACUCCAAAACAGUAGUUGUCUCCUAUACACACCUGACAGAGAACACUUUGGUAUUGUACCAAUAGAGGCUAUGUACCUGAGAUGUCCAGUGAUUGCAGUUAAAAGUGGCGGCCCCUUGGAAACUGUUGGACAUGAAACCACAGGAUUUCUGUGUCAGCAAAAUGAUAAAGAAUUUGCUGAAGCCAUGAUGCAAUUUAUAAGAAAUAAAGACUUGCAUAUAAAAUUGGGUGAGGCUGGUAGGAACAGAGUACUGAAACUAUUUUCUUUUGAAGCCUUCACAAAUCAGCUUGACAGCAUCGUAGGCAAACUGUCUGCUCAGAGUCCACAUCGACCCUUAACUUUAUCUCUGAUGUGGACAAUGGCUUUUGUCUGUGUGUUAGGCCUCUUGUUGGUGUUUGUAUUUUUGUGAUUUUUGUUGUAAUAAAAUCAUAAUUGUCUACAUUGAUAAAAUAACAAUAUGGAUACCACUAGACUUGUGCAAUGUAAAAAUCAAUUAAAAAGAAACUUGACACCAAAAGAAAAGUGAAUCAAAUUUACUUAUUCAUCAUCAGAACUGUAAAUGGUUUUGAUAUAUACUAUCCCUAUUAUAACCAAAUAAUAAUAAACAAAGCUAUUUAUGUUUUUAUUGUAGUCUAAAUGAUGGUUGGACUUGAAUUGAUUGUUUUGAAAUAAAGGCUGACCUAUAGAACUUGUAAACUUUUAAUAUUUCACAAGGACUUUUAAGGACUGUAUCGAUAUCUGCAGAUCAUCUUAAUAAAUUUUAUGUCAAUGUUGCAUUUCAAAUUUGACAAAUAAAUAAAAAAAAUCCAAAACCA